CGUGCUCCACCUACCAACCGCCAAGUACGUUCGCAACCUCUUCCUCGAUGCUCCGUCGCACAAUUCAGCAAAUUGCAGCGCGAAAUUCAUCGUUGUUGCGUGUGCAAAUGCGUCGUAUGGCCACAGAACAAUUGAAGGUUUCUACGGCCUCGGCCGCCGACAAUAUUAAGGAAUUUCAGGUUUACCGGUGGAAUCCCGACACACCCGAGGUGAAACCGCGGCUGCAAAAAUACCGCGUAAACCUUAAAGAAUGCGGUCCCAUGGUGCUAGAUGCGCUUAUUAAGAUCAAGAAUGAGCAGGAUCCAACGUUAACGUUUCGUCGGUCGUGUCGUGAAGGAAUUUGCGGCUCGUGUGCGAUGAACAUCAAUGGAUGUAAUACACUUGCCUGCCUGUGUCGAAUUCAAAAGGAAUCGAAGAAACCCGUCAAGAUUUACCCUCUGCCGCACAGUUACAUUGUCAAAGACUUGGUUCCUGAUUUAACGUACUUCUACAAGCAGUAUAAGAGCAUCCAGCCUUAUUUACAAAACCCAGACGUCCCCGAGGAUAGAGAGUUUUACCAAUCGCCGGAGGACCGUGCAAAACUUGAUGGUUUGUAUGAGUGUAUUCUGUGUGCUUGCUGCUCCACGUCGUGUCCCUCAUACUGGUGGAAUUCAGAAGAGUAUCUUGGUCCUGCUGUAUUAUUGCAAGCGUAUCGUUGGAUUAUUGAUUCUCGCGAUGCGGCGACUGCAGAGCGUCUUGACAUGAUGCAAAACUCCAUGUCUGUGUAUCGGUGCCACACCAUUAUGAAUUGUGCUCGUACUUGCCCGAAAAGUCUUAAUCCGGGUAUCGCGAUUGCGAAGAUAAAACUUCUUAUGAGCAAGUCGUAGAGAAUCGGCGACACCAACUUCCCUGUGUGUGACUUUUGCCUCGCUCCAAAAACCCUUACACGAACAAUUCUCCCCUUAAUGAUGUAUGAAGAAACGCGAAUGAAAAAGCUCUGUGACCGAGCAAUGCUCAAUUGGCAAUAACCAAGUAGUGGAUGUCGCAUUGGCACCCACGUAUCAUGAACUGUUUACGACCUGAAUCUCUUUCACUUUAAUUUCACUUUAAUUUUGUUGUUUCCCUUGGACUGCAAACUGCAAAACCUGUAUGCUACUAUCGACGAACUUGUAUGUGCAAUUGCAGCCGCGAGUUCGAGCUCAUGGCCCCUGUACUUUAGUUUUUUUGUGAAUUAAUACAUUUACAAGAAUACGUGAUAAGUAAUAAGUAAUAAAUAAUAACAUUAUAAAUGUGUGUCUCUACUCUUGAAACUGUCAUCCCAUCCUCAC